AUGUGAGAUAGUGCAGAAACAAACACAGUGACGAUAGGAGAACUAAAUGUUAUCGCCAUUUUUCUGUUUCGCGGAGAGAAAAAUAAUGUUUGUUCCUCGUACGUCGCCAGUUAUGUAGAGAAGGAGAACAACAGAGUCAGUUAUUUCCUUUUUCAAGGGGACUCAGUUAGUAUGGGGAACUGUUUGACUGGCCAUGCGGCCGAUGAUCUGUCUUUACUACACGAAGAAUCGGACCAUGUCUCGGAUCGUCUCGGACCCCCACCACCGUAUCAGGAAGAAGCCCCAGUGUAUCACUUGAGUCCAAAUCAAAGACGUACUGUCAGUCAACUCACAGAGGAGGAACAGGUGAAGAUCGCUAAGAGGAUAGGCCUUAUACAGCACUUGCCAACCGGACUUCAUGAUGGCACUAAGAAGGCUAGAGAGUGUGUUAUUUGUAUGUUGGAUUUCCAGAUGGGAGACGGUCUACGUUACCUACCAUGCAUGCAUACGUAUCACAAGAACUGCAUUGAUGAUUGGUUAAUGAGAUCUUUUACUUGCCCGUCAUGUAUGGAGCCAGUGGACGCAGCCCUCUUAUCAACGUAUGAGACUCGCUAGUCACAAACACUCUGUGCCAACACGACAAAACACUUCUGGGCCCAAUUUCAUAAAGCUGAAACAAAUUUCUGUGCUAAGCAAAAAUUGAGUGGGGCACCAGUCUCAUUAAUGUAAACAUUGGCUGGCCAGUUUCUGUUAAAGACUCUGGACACUAUUGGUAAUUGUCAAAGACAAAGUCUUCUCACUUGGUGUAUCUC